CGUGUACUGUGUAAAAUGAAUGAAUGUAAAAAAUACAUGAAAUCAAACGUUUACUAUUUAAAUCCUCAAUGAAAAUAUAUUUUAUAAAAUACAAAAACAAAAAGCCAAUGUGCAGUACACAGAAAAGGUCAAAUCUCUGCAUGCGAACGACACAACAAGAAAAAGCAGCAAGCAGAGUCUUACCUUUAAUGUCUCUGAUGAGCGGACGAGGGCUUCUGCUAAGUGCGUCCAGCGCCAGGGGUGGCCAUGAGUAACACGGAGUGUUUCGGGUGCGGUCGCAGUGGCCACAGCGUCAAAAACUGUCCCAACACCAGCCGAGUUCGAGGAAAAGGUCGCAGCAGAGGCAAAGAUGUCUGCUGCUAUCGCUGCGGAGAACCAGGACACUUGGCCAGAGACUGUGAAAGGACAGAGGACGCCUGUUACAACUGCGGCAGGUGUGGUCACAUCUCCAGAGACUGCAAGGAGCCCGAGGAGCGCGAGCAGCUGUGCUACAACUGCAGCGAGGCAGGUCACAUGGCACGCGACUGUAGCCACGCUUAUGAGCAGAAGUGCUACUCCUGCGGCGGCUUUGGACACAUCCAGAAGCUGUGCGACAAGGUCAAAUGCUACAGAUGGGGUGAGAUCGGACACGUGGCCAUGCACUGCAACACAACAUCGGAGCGUAACUGCUCCAACUGUGACAAGUCGGGUCACCUGGCCAGUGAAUGCACCGCUGAGGCCUCAGCUUAGUGGCUGCUUCCCAUCAUGGUUGAAUGACACAAUAUUUUUUGAAAAAAAUGAAUAUUUUUGUACUUUUCACUGACUGUAAAAAUGUCAUUUGGUUGUAAGUUUAAGAUUCCAAUAAAGGAG